GGGGGGACGGCACCCGACGUCAAAGACAGAGACACAGCACACAGUGUCCCCGGGGCAAGAUAGCGACACCUGGCGAACAACAGUGAAGAGUUUGAAUAAUGGGCGCAAACGGGACAGUCCAACAGUCUGAUGCAUAUACUACUACUUGGACAAACUUCCUAUACCAAACUAGGGUUCUUCGUUUUCGUUUUCGUUUUAGAGAGAGAAAAGUAGUACUACUGCUACAGAGAGAAGUGAGGUGUGGAAGAAGAGAUGGGCAAGGUGAGGUGCUAUCUGGAUGUGAGCAUCGGAGGAGAGCUGGAAGGGAGGAUUGUCGUGGAGCUAUUCGACGACGUCGUUCCCAGAACCGCCGAAAACUUUAGGGCUCUUUGUACCGGGGAAAAGGGCAUCGGCGACAUCACCGGCUUCCCUCUCCAUUACAGGGGAGUUCGUUUUCAUCGAGUUGUUAAAGGUUUUAUGGUACAAGGUGGAGAUAUUUCUGCUGGUGAUGGCACUGGGGGUGAAUCCAUCUAUGGAUUAAAAUUCGAAGAUGAAAAUUUUGAAUUGAAACAUGAAAGAAAAGGAAUGUUAUCCAUGGCGAAUGCUGGUCCUAAUACAAAUGGGUCUCAGUUCUUCAUCACAACAACCCGUACUUCUCAUCUAGAUGGGAAGCAUGUUGUAUUUGGGAAGGUUGUUAGGGGCAUGGGAGUUGUUCGUUCUAUUGAGCAUGUUACAACUGGUGAAAAUGAUUGCCCUGAUGUUGAUGUUGUAAUUGCGGAUUGUGGAGAAAUUCCUGAGGGAGCAGAUGAUGGGAUAGCUAAUUUUUUCAAUGAUGGUGAUAUGUUUCCUGAUUGGCCGGCUGACCUUGAGAACAACCCUGAGGAGCUGUCUUGGUGGAUGAAAGCUGUAGAUUCUGUGAAGACUUUCGGUAAUGAACAAUUCAAGAAGCAGGACUAUAAGAUGGCUCUUAGGAAAUAUAGGAAGGCUUUACGGUAUUUGGAUGUCUGCUGGGAAAAGGAAGAGAUUGAUGAAGAGAAAAGUUCAUGUUUACGAAAGAUAAAAGCACAGAUCUUUACCAACAGUUCUGCUUGUAAAUUAAAAUUGGGCGAUCUGAAGGGAGCAUUGUUGGACACAGAUUUUGCAAUGCGUGAUGGAGAAAACAAUGUAAAAGCUUUGUUUCGUCAAGGCCAGGCACACAUAGCUCUUAAUGACAUAGAUGCUGCUGUUGAAAGUUUCAGAAAGGCAUUGGAAUUGGAGCCAGAUGAUGCUGGAAUAAAGAAGGAACUUGCUGCUGCGAGGAAGAAGAUUGCUGAUAGACGUAAUCAGGAGAAAAGAGCUUUCUCAAAGAUGUUCCAAUAGCAAGGGACGGUUCUAUGGUUUUGUGGGAGGGAGAACAACAUGAGCAUCCAAGCAAAUUUCAGGCGCAAGACAAUUUUCAUCAAUUGGAUUUAGUCUUUUUCUGUUAAUUGGCGAGUGUCGCUCUAGUGGUUUAUAUCUGGGAGAAUGAAUGUUUCUUAUGAGAACUGCACAUCUGGAAUCGAAUUGGAAAUUUUACUGACGGAAUUGGUCUCUUCUAAUUUUCUGUUUUGAAAAACUUGUGACGAAUUAAGUGCUCAGGCAGAGUUACUUUCCAUGUUAUUCAUAUGUAUGAUACUAUAAAAUGUUCUGUCCUCGCUUCACCGUUCAAUCGGAAAUAGUUUUUCAACCA